CUCCUUCCAAUCCAUCACAACCACAAUUCCACGCUGCAAGAAAACCACUUCUGCGCCUCUUGGCCCGUCUUUGAUUGCUCUCCUCAAGCCUCUGCUUCUUUCUUGCAACUAUUCGCAUAAAGCAAUCAUACCUUCAAGACAAAACUUUGCAGCGCGCCAUAUCCUUGAACGCAGACUUCCUCAAGUCCAUUAGAUCAGCUUGCUGUUGCAGUCAAUUGAUCGACCCGCCGACUUUGAGACGUAUCUCGUCCAAGGAACCCUCCGACUUAGCCGAUCAUCCGCAAUCAGAACGUACUAACCUUCCAGGAGCCAUUAACUUGAGUCUCUUGGAGCUCUUUCGGUUAAUCGGAACUCCUCGACACCUUCAACCCCCCUAAACGUGGUACAUACCUACUGUUUUAUGGUCACAGUAACAAACAUGGCUACUCCAUCAGUCACGACACCUAAGAAGUCCCAUACGGGUCUUUUCUCGAGUCGCACCGCGGGCGGCCGUGUGCCCUUGACCCCCUCUCCUCAUCAUAAUGCGAACGUCAACUCUUCGCCUUUUAACAAGGACAAGACGAGCAACGAUGGCCAGCGAGCACCUGCCAAGACGGUCUACCCUGGUAACAUUAGCUCGCAGCUUGCACGAGCGGCCUCAACCAAGACCAACUGGGACUCGCCCAAGUCCAAUAUCGCUCGCGGAGCGUCGACUCCCAAGAAAGCUCUCGAGCUUGGCGUAUCCGAGUUCACGCUCACCGGCACUGGCGCUCAGGCGCAAGAACAAACUCAGACAGCACCUACCCCGAAACCGAAGAAGACUAAGAUCAAGGCAAAGCCGAUCAAGACGACCAUUGCUCUUAAUGCCGAUCGCUUCAUCCCCAACCGAGGCUCAAGCUCGGCUAUUGCCAAUGGUGGUUCGGGAAAGCUCAACAUGCGGGAUCAGAAGCGGCCAAAGUCCAGGAACGGCGAAUCGUCCAACUCGACAGUCCUCGCCACUCCUGCAGACGAUGCUACUGAGCAGCUUGAAUUCGAUUCCCUGCUCCUCGAUGACGAUGAGGCCGAGACAUACGCCCGGCCAUCUCCCAACACCGUCGCGUAUCAAGACUCAUUGGCUAAUGCCUGCGGAAUGAACGUCAACACUCGAAUUUUGCAGUUUAAACCAGCUCCUCCCGAGUCCUCCAAACCCAUCGAUCUCCGCCAGCAAUACAAUCGCCCUUUGAAGGCCGCCAACUCGUCCGCACAAUUCCGACGCCGCGUCGCUACAGCUCCUGAGCGUGUCCUUGAUGCUCCUGGUUUGAUUGACGACUACUACCUUAACCUCUUGGACUGGAGCUCGGGAAACCAGGUCGCCAUUGGCCUGGAACGGAACGUCUAUGUCUGGUCGGCCGAUGAGGGGUCUGUCAACUGCCUGCUGGAAACUUCUCCUGAUACGUACGUGAGCAGCGUCAAGUGGUCAGGUGAUGGAGCAUACGUGGGCGUGGGACUCGGCACCGGUGAGGUCCAGAUCUGGGAUGUUGCCGAAGGCAUCAAGAUUCGCAGCAUGUUUGGUCAUGACAGUCGAGUUGGUGUUAUGGGCUGGAGCAAGCAUCUUCUAUCGACAGGUGCACGAAGCGGUUUGGUGUUCAACCAUGAUGUCCGUAUCGCCGAGCACAAGGUGGCUGAACUGGUUUCGCAUACAUCGGAGGUUUGCGGCCUCGAGUGGCGGUCUGAUGGCGCCCAGCUUGCUACCGGCGGAAACGACAAUCUUGUAUCGAUUUGGGAUGCCCGGUCCCUUGCUGUUCCAAAGUUCACCAAGACCAACCAUAAAGCUGCCGUCAAGGCUCUCGCCUGGUGCCCCUGGAACAUCAAUCUGUUGGCCACUGGUGGAGGUGCCUACGAUCGUCACAUCCAUUUCUGGAACACCACUUCCGGUGCACGCGUCAACAGCAUCGACACGGGCUCCCAGGUUACCAGUCUCCGAUGGAGCCCUCGCUAUCGCGAAAUUGUGAGCUCCAGCGGUUACCCCGAUAAUUCGCUCAGCAUCUGGAGUUACCCUACUCUGGUCCGCAAUGUUGAGAUUCCUGCUCAUGAGAGCCGAGUCCUCCACAGCUGUCUUAGUCCCGAUGGACAAAUGCUCGCCACAGCUGCCGCCGACGAAAGUUUGAAGUUCUGGAAGAUCUUUGAGAAGAAGGCCGGCUCUGGUGCUGGUAUCAGCGGCGCUGGCACAUCUUCGAAGGCGACCAUGGCGAAGCAGAUGACAAUCCGCUAAGCGCUUUUACUGUUUAUAUAACGACGUCAACUUUGGGUUGGCAGCGGUUGCUUUGUUUUCUCGGGUUACUUGGUCGUUUCAGCACGGCGUUUUGGAGGGUUUGACAGCUUUGGUUCCUAGCCCGGCCUGCACGAGGCCAUUGGGUGAAGCGGGCACAUACAUGGAAGGAUUUUGGCUGGAUCACGAAGUUAUGAUGACAAGAGAAUUUGUAUCAAAAGUUACAUACUCCAUCUGUACCUGAUCAUGUCAGAUCGGUAUUGUACGGUAAUUGUUCAGAACCUUGCUACUAUGAACUGUUCAAGUUUGUAUGGCAUAGGAAUAUGUAGUAUCACUAGAGUCGAAAAAAAAAAAGGUACAUCACCAGCGGGA